CUUGACAGCAACAGCAACCCAUGCCGCGCGCACCAACGCCGCAGGUCAUUUUGGGCCCUACCGAGAUCUGGCGAUGCAAUAAUAAUAAUUGUGAUUUCAAUCACCGGCCUACUUAGCAUAGCAGUGCUGGCCCAACGCAUGCGGGUGUGCUGCGGGCGAGUGAGUGAGUGAGUGUGCGCGUGAAGUGCCUAUUCGCGCAAUUUUUUUCAGAUGGCCCACUUCUACCUUCUUUGCUUACUCCCCUCUCCCCCAUCCUUUUCCCGGUCGUCGUCUUUCCUUUCCUCGGUGAUGGUGGGUGAAGGGUUGGGCGAGAUUCACCGGAGGGAAGGGAGGGGGCAUUGUCAUGUAUCAUAACGUAAUGUAUGGAGGAGGAAGCCCUGAUCACAGUAUUGUAUACUAACUAUGAUAACUGGAAAUUCCAAACGCUUACUGUACUCGCUGGAGGAUUCGAAGGAUGGGAAGUAAGGAAGGAAGGGUUAUUCACCCGAACGAUGGCAGUGCUGAAAAAUAUUGGACCAUCAAGUCCAGUCUAGGCCCCCGCACGGUUACGCGACAAAUCCUUCCCAUGCAGAUAGAUGGAGCAGGCAAGGGGAAAAGGUUCUUCCGAAAAAAAACAAAGGAUGGAGCGAGCGAACGGGUGGGGGGGGGGUUUACCGGUACCGGUAGUUUAGUUAGUUAUGUCAGCGUCAAGCGAUAG